AUGGCUGUCGACAGUCUUUCCCUCGCCAACAAAGUCGCCAUCAUCACCGGCUCUGGCAGAGAAAACGGCAUCGGUGCCGCCAUCGCCCUUACUCUUGCCAAGGCCGGAGCUCGCGUUGUCAUCAACUACGUAUCCGAUUCUACAGCUCCUCGUGCGGAAACUGUCCGCACCGAAAUUGAGGCCGCUGCCGGCAAGAACAGCGUCGUGGUAGUCCAGGCCGAUGUUUCUACAGAAGAAGGCUGCAAGAAGAUUGUGGGGGAGACGCUGACCAAAUUCGGCGUCAACCAUAUCGACAUUAUUGUUAACAAUGCAACUUAUGUUACCAGUGGUCCCAUCCUUCAAAGCAAGGCCCAAGACAUCCACAAUGCAUUCGCAGUUUCAGUGGUCGGCCCUGUGCUCUUGCUCCAGGAAGCUUAUCCACAUAUGCCCAAAUACUCCCGAGUCAUCAACAUCGGCACUGUUGCUUCCAGGAUAGGAUUUGGUCCUCUGCCUAUUUAUGCGUCCGCCAAGGCUGCCAUGGACCAGUUGACCUUUUCUUUGGCCCGAGAGAUUGGCCGAGAUGGCAAGCACAUCACCAUCAAUACCAUUGCACCCGGCCCAGUUGAGACGGACAACUUACCAGAUACCCCUGAAUCAGCGCCGAUGAAAAACUACCUUCUUUCGAUGACCCGCAGCGAGAACAGGGUCGGAACAGUGGAGGAUAUAGCCGAUGCAGUGCUCUUGUUGAGUAGUGAAAAGAGUCGUUGGAUUACGGGACAGUUUAUCUCGGUUAGCGGUGGCAUCAACGGAGGUUAA